CUUAAAUCCUAAUCCAUAGGAUUCUCUGAAUCUCCCUAUUCAAACUCAUCCUGCCCAGACUCAUUCUACACCUCAAUACUUCUUCCUUAUCCUAUUUAGCUGCAUUACAUCUAUUCUAUAUAUAAUACUAAUUCUAUGUUCCGUUUGGUCACCCACAACCUUGGAGUGCAUUGAAUCAACCUCUCUCUCUCUCUCUCUCUCUCUCUCUCUCUCUCUCUCCCCAUGGCCAGCAUCCCCAUGGAUGAGCCGGCGACGGUUUCAGACGAGUGUUCGAUCAAACAAGUGGAUAUAACAGUGCCGAAAACCGACGACCCAACGCUACCCGUCCUCACAUUCAGGAUGUGGGUUCUGGGUCUCACUUCCUGCGUCCUGUUGUCCUUCGUGAACCAGUUCUUCUGGUACAGGACCGAGCCGCUGACCGUCACCUCCAUUGCCGCCCAGAUUGCGGUGGUUCCCAUCGGGCACCUGAUGGCCCGGACCGUGACGAAGCGGGUUUUCUUUCCGGGGACGAGAUGGGAGUUCACGAUGAAUCCGGGGCCGUUCAACGUGAAGGAGCAUGUCUUGAUUACCAUAUUUGCGAAUUCGGGUGCCGGUAGUGUUUAUGCCACCCAUAUAUUGAGUGCUGUUAAGCUUUUUUACAAGAAAAGCCUCUCGUUUUUGCCUGCCCUUAUUAUCAUGGCCACAACCCAGGUUUUGGGGUUUGGCUGGGCGGGGCUUUUCCGAAAAUAUCUAGUUGAGCCAGGAGAAAUGUGGUGGCCGUCUAAUCUUGUUCAGGUCUCCUUAUUCAGGGCUCUGCAUGAGAGAGAGAAGAGGCCCAAAGGCGGCACGACAAGGACCCAAUUCUUCCUCAUAACCUUCAUUUGUGCAUUCGCUUAUUACGCCUUUCCUGGCUUCCUCUUUCCACUCUUGACUUCAUUCUCUUGGGUCUGUUGGCUCGCUCCCGACUCGGUUUUGGUCCAACAAAUAGGCUCGGGCUACAAAGGCCUCGGAAUUGGGAGUAUAGGACUGGACUGGUCCGCCAUUGCCUCGUAUCUCGGGAGCCCACUGGCCAGCCCGUGGUUUGCCACUGCCAACAUAGCCAUUGGGUUCGCCUUUGUGAUGUACGUAAUGACACCGAUCUCUUACUGGCACAACAUCUACAACGCCAAGACCUUUCCGUUGUUCUCCAACAAGCUUUUCAUGUCAAAUGGUUCUGAAUACGAUAUCACGAAUAUCGUGAACUCCAACUUCCACCUUGACGUGGAUGCUUAUGAGAAGUAUGGACAGUUACAUAUGAGCACGUUCUUUGCCAUGACAUACGGCCUCGGAUUCGCCACUCUUUCUGCUACCGCCGUGCAUAUCCUGCUCUUUCACGGACGGGAACUGAUGGAGCGAAGCAGAAGUGCCUUCGGAGAGAAGCAGAAGAUGGACGUGCAUAGCAGGCUGAUGAAGGUAUACAAACAGGUGCCUAUGUGGUGGUUUCUUGCCAUUCUAGUGGUGAACAUCGCGCUCAUCUUCUUCGCUUGCAUCCAUUACGAGGAGACUCUUCAAUUGCCUUGGUGGGGUGUAUUGCUUGCUUGCGCCAUUGCGAUUCUUUUCACCCUUCCUAUUGGUAUCAUCGCUGCCACCACAAACCAGGCACCGGGCUUGAACAUCAUCACAGAGUACAUCAUUGGGUAUGUGUACCCAGAGCGCCCUGUUGCGAAUAUGGCCUUCAAGGUGUACGGAUAUAUUAGUAUGACUCAAGCUUUAACAUUUCUGUCGGAUUUUAAGCUUGGUCACUACAUGAAGAUUCCUCCUAGAGCAAUGUUCAUGGCUCAGGUGGUGGGAACGCUUGUAUCGGUCCUAGUAUAUCAGGCAACUGCGUGGUGGCUAAUGGGAACCAUCCCGCACCUCUGCGACACCUCAUUGCUGCCGCCAAAUAGCCAGUGGACAUGCCCAAUGGACACUGUUUUCUACGACGCAUCUGUCAUUUGGGGCCUCAUUGGGCCCCGGAGAAUCUUUGGCAACCUCGGCAUCUACUCAAAUGUCAACUGGUUCUUCCUCGGCGGUGCCAUCGCCCCUCUACUCGUCUGGUUGGCUCACAAAGUGUUCCCCAAUAGGAACUGGAUCCGGCUUAUCCACAUGCCGGUGUUGCUCGGCGCAACGUCUAUGAUGCCCCCGGCUACUGCUGUCAACUACACCAGUUGGCUCAUCGUCGCGUUUGUUUUUGGGUUUGUUAUGUUUAGGUACCACCUCAAGUGGUGGGAGCGGUACAAUUACGUUCUUUCAGGCGGGCUGGAUGCCGGGACGGCUUUCAUGUCGGUGUUGUUAUUCGUCGGGCUGCAAAUGCAGAACAUUGAGCUCGAUUGGUGGGGUGGGAGUCCGGAUAGGUGCCCGUUGGCGGCUUGUCCAACUGCCGAGGGAGUUUCAGUUAAGGGCUGCCCAGUUUUCUCUUGAAAGUCGUCACUGAUAUGACCAUUUCAAAGUCAAUUUCCUUCAGAAUAUUAUCUCUGUAAAUAGUUUAUGUCUGGAUUCUACAGUGAUUGCUAGUUCUUAUUUGGAUAUCAGAUGGUAGUAUGGUACACGCAGAACUGCUAAGGACACUAAGUUUCUGGGGGCUCUCUCUUUAUUUUUCCCAAAUCUAAGUACUCUCUGGUUUAUUUUUGUGGUA